AUGGCGGCGGCACGCCGAGGGAAAGCGAGAGAUCCUCGCGCCGGCUUCAGGCAGGACGCGGGGGAGCCGGGGCCCGCGGUGCCGCAGGGGCUGAUCAGAGCGGCCAGGAAGAACGGCCAGUUAAACCUGGCAGGCCGCGACCUGAGUGAGGUACCUGCGAAUGUGUGGCGAAUAAAUUUGGAUAUUCCGGAGGAAGCCCAUCAAAAUCUGUCUUUUGGUGCUGCUGAUCGCUGGUGGGAGCAAACAGAUCUGACCAAACUCAUCUUAGCCUCAAACAAACUGCAGUGUCUUUCUGAGGAUGUCAGACUUUUGCCUGCUCUCACUGUACUGGAUGUACAUGAUAAUCAGCUGACAACUAUUCCUUCUGCUAUAGGAUUUUUGGAAAAUCUUCAGAAGCUCAGUGUCAGUCACAACAAGCUGAAAAAUAUUCCAGAAGAGCUGACACAGUUGAAACACUUGAAGAGCCUACUUCUCCAACACAAUGAGUUGAGUCAUUUACCGGAUGGGUUUGGACAGCUUAUCAGUUUAGAAGAGUUAGAUCUUUCCAACAACCAACUUGCAACCAUUCCAUCCAGUUUUGCUUCCCUAACCAGUUUGGUGCGACUCAAUUUGGCCCAUAACCAACUGAAGAACCUGCCAGCAGAAAUCAGCGCAAUGAAAAGCUUAAAACAACUGGAUUGUACUAAAAACCAGUUGGAAACCAUACCUUCUGAACUGGCCAGCAUGGCAUCUUUAGAACAGCUUUAUCUAAGAAAAAAUAAAUUACAGUAUUUACCAGAAUUUCCAUCAUGCAAGUUACUGAAGGAGUUACAUGUUGGUGAAAAUCAGAUUGAAGUGUUAAGUGCAGAGCAUCUUAAGCAUCUGAAUUCUCUCUGCGUGUUAGAGCUUAGAGAUAACAAGCUAAAAUCACUGCCUGAUGAAAUUACUCUGCUUCAGGGGUUGGAGCGACUUGACUUAACCAACAAUGAUAUCAGUAGCUUGCCUUGUGCUCUGGGGAAUCUUCCUCAGUUGAAACUCCUGGCAUUAGAGGGAAAUCCUUUGAGAACUAUUCGAAGAGACAUGUUACAGAAAGGCACCCAAGAACUCCUGAAGUAUCUGAGAAGCAAAAUCCAAGAUGAUAUAACUAGCCCAAAUGAGGGGUCUCCUGUGACAGCCAUGACUCUUCCAAGUGAGUCAAGGAUUAACAUUCAUGCCAUAACUGCAUUAAAAGUAUUAGAAUAUAGUGAGAAACGAGCAGCUGUGAUUCCUGAUGAAAUAUUUAAUGCAGUCGGAAGCAAUUCUGUCACUACUGUAAACUUCAGCAAGAAUCAGCUGAAUGAAAUUCCAAAAAGGAUUGUGGAGCUGAAAGAAUCAGUCUGUGAUGUCAAUCUCGGCUUCAAUAAACUCUGUUCCAUUUCCUUGGAGCUCUGUGUACUUCAUAAAUUGACACACUUGGAUAUCAGAAAUAACUUUUUGACAUCUUUACCUGAGGAAAUGGAAGCACUGAUAAGACUGCAAAUAAUAAAUCUUUGCUUCAAUAGGUUUAAAAUAUUUCCCAGUGUUCUUUAUCGCAUCCCAACACUUGAAACUGUCCUACUCAGUAACAAUCAGGUUGGAUCCAUAGACCCUCUGCAAAUAAGGAAGAUAGACAAGCUUGGCACCUUAGACCUUCAGAAUAAUGACCUCCUUCAAGUGCCACCAGAACUUGGAAACUGCGUAAAUCUUAGGACACUUCUGCUAGAAGGAAAUCCAUUCCGCACUCCUCGAGCAGCCAUUUUGGCAAAAGGAACAGCAGCUGUACUAGAAUACCUAAGAAGUCGAAUUCCUACUUGA